AUGUCAGGUAAGACUCUUUUAAGAACAACGGCCUACCAUCCGGAAGCGAAUGGGGUAGUCGAAAGAUUCCACCGGCAGCUGAAGGUUACAAUCAAGUGCCAGCGUUCAGCGAAAUGGUUCGAAACCCGGUCGACGGUGAUGCUAGGGAUACGUUCGGCAUGGAAAGAGGAUUUACAAUCCACUGCAGCAGAGAUGGUGUACGGUGAACCUCUACGACUUUCGGGCGAAUUUAUAGGAAAGGCGAAGCAGGAAGCCACCAUAACCUUCGAUUUUGUAACUACGGCAACCUGUACGACUUUUACAACCAGGCACGGCGAGAGGACACCGUUCAUCUUCAAGGACUUCGCAACCGCAAGCCAGGUGUUUGUGUGGCAUGACGGGCCAAAAGGACUACUUCAGCAGUCGUAUGAUGGUCCAUUCAAGGUUGUAUCAACAGCGGAAAAGACGUUCGUGGUAUGUAUUCACGGACAAAACUUCAAAAUCUCAAUAAACCGCCUAAAACCUGCGUAUGUUGUUGCCGACCUGGACGAUAUCAAUAUUAACAACGAGAUAACUAUCGAGGUUAAACAGACUCCGAACAUUCCAGAGCAUCCAGCAACGUAG